AGUGAAAGAGAUAAGCAAGUGAGCAGAGCACCAGUAAACGCUCAUUCUCCAGCAGUCCUCCAUGAUAUAUGCAGUGGAGUGGAGAGUGUGACAAUCAACUCAUCGGCUCAGCAAGAUACUCAGUACAUCACUUGCAGAUGGAGAAUUCAUCUGAGCAGUCUCGUUGGGUGUCCCCCAGCCUGAUCAAUCAUGAUCCUUUAGCAAGCUACACCACAGAGCCUGGGUUGCUGCCACCCGGUGAGGAAGAUGAGCCCUUCUACUCCAGUUCUGAGACUGACUUAUUGCCAUCAUAUUAUUCCAAUAACGGCCAGAGCAGAGCCUCAUCGUCCUUCAGACACAGCCCAGUUCGACAGGUCUACACCUCUCCUUCAAUUCUGGGAAACAUCCAGUGGUUGGACAACUCUCCGGGUCACUCUCUGAACUCUUCUUACAACACCACGUCCACAGUCUGGACAAGCAGUCCUUACACAAAAACACCUCUUCACUCUCACACCUCCCCGUCCAUCUACCCUACCACCUCCUCUUACACCUCCUCUAAAGAGGGCUUCCCUUCCCCAAGGUGUGAUGAUAAGGAAAGUCCCAGGCUCCAGGAGGCCCUAAAAGCUGAGCGAUUAAGUCCCAUGGGUGGAGGUGGAAGCAGCUUCCUCAAUCUGACCUCCACCUCUGGAGGAGUGUAUGGUCCUUCUCCACACAUGUUGAGUCCCUAUGGAUCAUACAUGGCCACGUCACAAGAUUACAGUUCAGCUGCACUCUACUCUAGCGCGGGACCCUGGAUGAACCCUUCAUCCUACUCACCCAAACUUCGCAACAAGAUAAGACUUUCACCACCAGAGGCACGUGAAUGUGUAAACUGCGGUGCCACUGCCACCCCUCUGUGGCGUCGAGAUGGUACAGGCCACUACCUCUGCAACGCUUGCGGACUGUACCAUAAGAUGAAUGGCCAGAACAGACCCCUCAUCAGACCGAAAAAGAGGCUGAUUGUCAGCAAACGUGCUGGAACGCAGUGUGCCAACUGCCAAACAAGCACUACAACACUAUGGAGACGCAAUGCCAGUGGUGAGCCUGUGUGCAAUGCUUGUGGCCUCUACUUUAAACUACACAAUGUCAACAGGCCUUUAACUAUGAAAAAAGAUGGCAUACAAACACGGAAUCGCAAGGUGUCUAACAGAAACAAGAAGGGCAAAAAGAGUGCAGCUUCAGAGCUUUACCCUGACAUGUCUCAUAUUGCCCCUCAUGAUGAGCACGUAGGACCUUACUCUUUAAACCCAGGACCCCUCCUGUCCUACAGUCACACACCUCACCUGCUGCCCCCCUCCACCCUGCACUCCUCCCCCACCCUGUCCUACGCUCACCACUCUGGCAUGGUGCCCACACUAGUGUGAGGGAUACUUCUACUGGACCAUAACAAGAGGCUUUGACAAUUCAUCUGCUUUUGGAGCAUGAACAUGCAAAUGAAACACUUUCCAUAAAGCUGGCGGAGGGCGACAAAACACUUAACCAAGGUUCCAUUUGUGCCAGGUCCUAAAUUUAACUCACACGGAAAAACUGUUAUAUCUGUGUACACAACACAACCACGCUCUGUGCUCGGAUGCUGACAAAAUAGAUGCACCUGCACUGAAAACCUCACAAAGGGAACUUAGAACUAAUUAGUGUUACUUAUUGUUGCUUAUAUAUUCCAGGUUCAAUACAAGUUAGGCUCAAUCAACAGCAUUUGAGGUUUUAUGCUGAUUACCACAAAAAAUAAUUUCAAAUCGUCCGUCUUUUUCUUUAAAAAAAAUAAAUAAAAAUUGAUGUUACAGUGAGGCACUUACAGUGGAAGUGAUUGGGGCCAAUUUUUAGAUGGUCUAAAGGCAGAAAUGCGAAGCCUAUAAUUUUAUAAAAUCACUAAUGUUAAUUAUUUUAUUCAAACUUGUGUAUCACUUGAGCUGUUAAGUUGUUUAAAUCAUUUUUACGGUCAUUUUAGGAUUUACAGUGUAAUGCCAUCUUGGCAACAAAGUUAUCAAAUUGGAUAAACUUGAGAUAGAAAAGGUUAGUAUGCGAUUUUGUUUUACACUAAAAUCAUGUUAACAUGCAUUUUGUUUAUGCCUUGUGGCUAUACUUUUGAAACAGUGAUUAUUUUUAACAUUUACGGAUUGGCCUCAUUUACUUCCAUUGUAAGUGCCUCAAGUCUAAAUUAAUUUUUGUUGUAAUCAACAUUAUGCCACAAAUGCUGUCGACUGAGCUUAAAGGUGCACUCUUUGUCUUUGUUUCUUCUUGGACUUACACUGACACCUAGCGGCUUGGAUGCAGCAUCAUUUAAAAUCAUUUCAGUUUUAGAUGCCAUUGUAGAAAUAUAGUAUUCACAGUCAGCCAUGAUUACUUUAAUCAAUGAGUGAAAGUGUGAAAUAACAAGACGGUUACUGAGAUUAAGCGAGUAGUAUUCGGCUGGUCGUGUGAUUCUAAAAUGGCAGCCCCCAUGUGCGGACCCUCUCCAUGUAGAAUAAAACAGCUUUUAUAAGGUCACUGAUAUGACUAGAGUCUUCAUUUUAAUGUGAGUGGUCAUGAAUUUAUACAUAUAUUUCAAAUUUACUAUUCAUUUCUUUAGGAGUUAAACUUUUUUAAUGAGGAAAAAAUUACUGAGUGCACCGUUAACUUGUAUUGAGCCUGGAAUAUUCUUUUAAACACAGCCUUUUGGAGAAGCAAAAAACUGUGUGAAAUGGGUCUAUCUUGUGUCUUGACAUUCCAUCUAAUAGGCUACAGAUGAAAACAAUCGUGACAGUUAACACAGAACUGCUGUUUUUAUUCAUGCAAGGUGAUGGAGUUGGGACAAUUCAGUUUGGACUGCUGUGAAAGUGAUACCUUAUCAUGCUAACAACAUUCUCAACACGUCCCCACCCCCACAGCCAAACAGCAUAGACGACAUAUUUAAUUUUUCGUGACUGGAAAUGAGACUGUGAGAACAGUAGUACAGUCUGUCCAAUGGUUUGUACUGUACUUGGUGUAGAACGUUCAGCUGUCGCAGCAUUAAAAAUAUGUCAUGCCAAAACAAUCCAGUUGACAAAACUCCAGAAAACACUGAUUUAGAAAAUAUACAGUACAACCCAUUGAACAGACUGCACCUCUAUUCCUCAUAGCCUCUUUUUAAAUUGCAAAAAAAAAAAAAAAAAAAAACAUUUACAUCUUCCUGACUAAGGUCUACUGCAUUUAAUCACUUUUAUCUAGGGUUGCCAAAUAUUCGCCAAGCGAAUACCCCAGCUAGUAAAUUUAUGUUCUUAAAACAUUUUCCAAACGUAACAUUGUGGUUGUGGGAACAUGAAAAUGUAGUUUUCUUAACGUUAGUAGAACGUUAAGGUUAAUAAUAAUGUUAUAAGGAUGUUCCAUUAACAUUUUAUUUACAACAUUUGUUCCAAACCUUUAAAUAAUAUUAGCCAAAGUUGUUGUAACGUCCCCUUUUAGUUGGGAUGGCCCCCUAAAAUACGGGUCAUUUCGCCGACAAAUUGGCGGCCCUCGAACUUUCGCCGUAAAGCCCCAUUCACACCGCUAGUGACAUUGCUCGAGACAGCGAAACGACCCCAUUCAUUUUCAAUGAGAGCAUACUUACGGUGACACGAGCUGUCGCGGCUGAUGGUGACAGAGUUCGCCUUAGAGAGCGACAAGACAAUUUGAGAAAAUGUCAACUUUAUGCAAAUGAUGAGCGAUAAUCAUGAGCGACUACCAAUGAGAGUGAAGACAGUGGCGCUCACGUCAUCUGUCUCCUGGCGAACUGGAGAUGAGUGCAGGCAAGACGGAGAAGUUUCAGUGUCAUGAGGGAUUUUUACUGUUCUAUAUUAUUUGUCUGUAACCACAUGCAUGGAUAUAAUAAAACAUUGAUAUGUGGAAAAACGUGUCAGAAACCGA